ACAGUUGGAUGGAUACAACUACCCUGGUUGCUGCCCCGGCGCCCAGAGACGCUUCCCCAUCCUGUGACACCUCCGUGAAGCCUCCUGUACAAGAAACAAAACUGCCCACGGGGGAGACAGCCAGCAGCACCCCCUCGAUGCCGACGAAGGAGAAAGUGCUCCCGGCCUCGGUGGACCCUCUCCCAACUGCUGCAGGAAGCUUUGAAGGCACGUCUGGGAGGACAGCCUCCCACGUUGGCUCUUCCACGAACAUCUGGGAGUCUUGCAGUAAUGUGGAGGGGGAUGUGGUGCUCAGCAAGCCGGGCGUCCUCCUCUCCCUGACUGGGGAGAGCCCAGAGGUGGCUGGCAGAUGCCCGAGCUCUCGGGGGCCCAGCGGCCCCUAUCCCAUGGCGUCCGAUAGAUUCACCUUGAGCAGCGACCCACUCAUGGUGAGCACGGAUAGCUCAAGCACAGGAGAAGUGCUCUCCAGAGUCUCCUUGGGAUGCCCGGCUCCAGUGGCUCGUGAAGACCCUGGGGGAGAGGAGACAGCUGGAUCAAGCAGAAACUCCUGUCGGCCUCCGAGCUGGGGCAGCACCUCCCUGGGCACCCACGAGGUCCGCGUGGACCACUACCCCAGCACUCAGCUUGAGGCAGGCAGUGACCUCCGAGACAGAGCUGGUCCCUUUGGAAACUCUCCGAUUUUUGACUCUACUGGUACUCCAACCAGCUCGUCUCGGCCCAAAGUUCCUCCAGGGGACAGCAAUGGACCGUCCCUGCCAUACGUCGCUUCAGCUGUGGGCAUCGCUCUGAUUUCAGCUGUGGCGUUUCUGGUGUACGCUCGAUUGCAGAAAUAGGUGCCGGAGGGGAUGGGAUGCCACGACUGUCACUCAGCCUGGGCAAUUCCUCUUCGUAGCAGGAAUUUGGCCAAUGCAUUUAAGCCUAAAGAGCCAUGGGGGGGAUGGUUAGGGGUGCUAUUAAAUCUCUUUCUGGAAGGUUUUUCUGGAAGAGGCCUUGGUUGCGUGAUGCUGUUGGGUUUGGGUCUGUUCUCCCCCAUUUCCCGACCAUCUUCUUGUCUGUAGCCUUCUCCUUCUACACCCAUAGAAAAGGUCUUGUUUGGGGAGCGGUCCGUUGAGUCAAAAAAGAAAGUCCUUGCGGCGAUUCUCCACGUCUUCCUUGUUUGGUCCAAGGAGGCCCCAAGGAAACACAUCCUGGUGGUCCAAAGGGUGACCCUCUGGGCAGUGCAGCAAGGAGAGGUUUUGCAGUUGUCCUGUAAAAGUGGAGCUGAUUUUUGUUGGCUCUGCUCAUCUUGGCUUGAAAAGGUGCCAGAGGGUCUGUGCUGCAGCCUUCACCAGGUGCCUCACAUUGAAUUUGCCUUACUGGGUGUCUCUGGCUCUGCUGCUGGCACCUUGGCUCGCCUCUGCUCCUCCUUUCCCCCGGUGCUGGGUGUGCAGGCAAGGACCCUGGGGCACCAAAUCACGCUGCCUUCCGCUCAUUCAAGACGAGAGAUGCUCCCGCCACGCGAACGUGCCAGGCCAGACCGCGUGCAAGCUUUCCCCCUCUCCCGGGAGAUGUUGUCCUGCUUCGGUGCUUUGCUUUGGAGCAUCCUCCCCUGGUCCUCAGGAUCAGGGACGGGCUCCAGGAUUGCUUUUAUGUAGCACUGACACCCUGGGGAUGAAGCUGAGGGUCAGGAAAGAGCUGCCUCUCCCCUGCUUUCUUGAGUAUCAACCUCAUUUCACCUCCCUCCAGACAGAGAAAGGGGGAUUAUGCUUUAAGAGGAACAUUUCACACAAUGCCAGCAUUAAGUGGACUUGGUCCCAUGCAGGAUUAUUGGGUGUCUUUGAUCUUCAGGCUGUAUUUUUUGAGCCUGGCUAGGAGGGUGGAUGUAGUUCUCGCCUUUCCCUAUACCUGGUGCUAUGGGAUGGGAAUAUAGGAAACUUGUGUCCAGGCUGGGACGCAAAUAGGAUCGACUCUGCGGGCUGCAGGGAGGCCACACCCAGGGGGUGAGAUGCUCUGGGUUAUCCUGAAGGUCCUGUUUAAAACUGCAGCCUGUAAUUUCCCUGCUAUCCACAGGGAUCAGCUUGGAGUGUGAGGGGAUUGGGCUGCAAGAUUUCUAAGAUAAAAAUCCUCAAACCCAAAUAAAUAGCCCCAGCUAUUUAUAGCCCCAGCUGUUCAGCCUUCAGGGCAGAAGCAGCCCUGCUCAGUCGCUGUUGGCACGCGUUUCUAGCUCUAGGCAGAGCUUAGCGAUCCCCAGCCCUGCUGCCCGCUUCCGUCGCUGCGGCUGCAGUUUACUUGCCAUCUCAUCUACUCCCUGCCAAAAGCACAGGGGCACAAAAGUAACAAAACUACUUUUUUGUAGUUAGUUAUUGUAGCUAGAGGUUUGGUUUUUUUUUUUUUGUUUAAGCUCUUAAAGAUGCCAGCGCAGACUUUUGGGUGUUUCCCACCCUCCCUUGAUUUGCUGGGGGGCAACAGGGGAGCUGCGGCAGGAGGCAGGACUGGGCAAAAUGUUUGGUGAUUUGCGCAGCAGAAGGCUGGUGCCAUGGGCUGGCACAGGUUGAAUCCGGUGAGUCCGCCAGGAUGCCGUGGGCCUUAAACCACUGCAGUGGCCUGGUACUAACGGCUGGGCUGCACUCCUAAUCCAGGCUGUUGCUGCUUCCCUGCUUUACUGUGUCCAAUAACUUAUUCCUCCUGGAUUCCUGCCAUUUGGCUUCCCAAAAUAUGACUUUCCUGCCGGCCAGGGAGCAGGAGGGAGAUGAGCUCCCCGGUGCCUGGCUGCAAAGCUCAGCUGUCGUGCCUGGAGCUCGGCCUGCGGUGAGGAAGGGUCCGUCAGCCCUGUGAAGGGGCGAACGGCUGCUCCUCCCUCCUAACAGUUUCCCUUUGCCCAGAAAUGGCCCAGAAAUGCAAGGGGAGGCACAAUAAGGACAAUAAAGACAUGCAAUAGUGAGGUAUAUUGAUUCUGAUCUGACAGGGCUGCUCCCCAGGUGAACUGGAGAUGUCUGUUGCUUGCUCGGUGCCUGGCACAUUAUCCGUCAGAGGAAGGGACAGUGCUUGGCCUCCUCUGCUGGGAGAGCAGAAUGUGAGGAACAUUCUCCCCACUUAAAGAUAACAGGGUGGCUUUGUCCAAAACCUCCCUGCGAGCAGCGAGAAGAACCCAGGAUUCCCCAUCAGCAGUUCCCAGUAAGCCGGUUUUGUUUUUUUCCCUCGGCUUUCAUAAUUUUGUCAGUGAGGGCUUUGCCUCUAGACCUGCCACCUCCCCAUGAAAGCUGCAGUUGCCAGCACUUAAGAACUGCUCUUCAUUUGCACUGGAUAAGGAAAUCUCCCCAAAUCCUUUCACCUUCUUAAAAGGCUCGUGGAUACUACUCAAUAUUGCACCGAAAUAAAGCAGAAUACAUUUUGUAAAGCAGAGUAUGCAAGCCUGCAUAACCACACUGCAGAAUCCGCCCCAAAAUUCAUUAAAGUGAGGGGGCACGUGCCUUCUCCGCAUGCUUUCUGCAGGAUUCGGAGGACGUCGUGAGAUCCCAAACCAGCAGCAUCCGUACCAAGGCCCUCUUCUCUGACGCUUUACUUGCCUGCAAAAUUCUUCAUGUAUUUUCCCACUGCCUUUUUAGCCAUGGCUUUGUACGCUUUGCCUUUCCACGUCGAAUCGCUCUUGUGAAACAGCUGGUUUAUCACCACUUCAGACUCGAUAGAAAAGCACACGUUCGGUUUUCUGCUGUGAAGUGCUGGUAUUUUCACAGUGUAAUGUAGCACUUUAAAAGCGUAAUCAGCAGGUGAACCUGCAGGAGGGAA